CCGCCGAGAAAACAUCGCUCUCUAAAAGUAUACAAAAAAAAAAAAAAAAAAAAAAAGGGAUUGUGCGGACGGACUGUUUAAACUGGACUGUGUGAAAUUUUAAACGACUUGAAUUCGCAAUGCCACGCCCACUGAAAAUGACUUACGGUGAUCAGAAGCCCCCAUACUCGUACAUAUCAUUAACGGCCAUGGCCAUUAUACAUUCGCCGCAAAGAUUGCUGCCGCUCAGUGAGAUAUAUCGAUUUAUUAUGGAGCAGUUCCCCUAUUACCGGAAAAACACCCAAAAAUGGCAGAACUCGUUGCGGCAUAAUUUGAGUUUCAACGAUUGUUUCAUCAAAGUGCCACGGAAUGUGACAAAAGCCGGAAAGGGAUCGUAUUGGACGCUCCAUCCCAUGGCCUUUGAUAUGUUCGAAAAUGGUAGUCUGCUGAGGCGACGCAAGCGUUUCCGUGUCAAACAGCUGGAGAAGGAUAUAUCGAAUUGGAAAUUAGCCGCCGCCAAUACAGAGAUGGUCAAUCACUAUCUGGACGACCAAUUGACACAGAUGGCUUUUGCCGAUCCUUCUAGGAUUGCCGGUCAUAUACCCCCUAGCAACUAUGAUCUGGGAAAUACUUCAUCUGCUGCCCAAAUUCCUACCUAUAAGGCUGUUCCGACGACUGUAACCCAACUUCCAGUCCGUCCAAAACGUGCUUUCACCAUCGAAAGUCUCAUAGCUCCGGAUCCGGAAGGAUUAGCGCAUAUGGAUUACGGAAGUCCCUCGGAAGCAAAAAAGCCGCCGCCCCUCAACUUGCCAUUUAAUUUUAACGACCUCGCCGCGCAGUAUCACCUGUACUUUCCAGGUUUUUUAUACAACAGCCAAUAUGGCAAUAUACCUUGCUACCAGAAAACACCGCCGCUUUUUCAUAAUGGCCCGUUGCCGGUCUUUUGAUACGAAAAGUGUUACCCAUAGUUAUGCCUAGAGCUGAAAAAACGCUAUGUCUAAAAAACAAUACUCAUUAGUGGUCCUAUUAUUAUAAAUUUAUGUUAUUUACUUGUGUACUCAUUUUAUUUAAACAACAAAACUCUAUUGUAACCCGUUGAAUUUAGAAGAUCUCUAAAGUCAAUAAAGAACUGCCCAUACCGUAA